ACGCACGAAGAGAGACCUAGUCUUCCCACCAUUACAUUCUUGAAUUUCCAAUUCUAGUAUCUAAAAGUCUGUGUUUAUCUUCAACUUCUGUUGUUCUAUCCCCAAAUCAACAAAAAAAAAUGUCCAUUCUCCAUGGUAUGCUUCUUAUUUCCAACCUACUAUUGUUGUUCUCUCAAUUCACGUUUGCAACAGACACCAUUACCAACCUUGACUCACUUCCUGAUGAUGGAACCACCUUGGUUUCAAACGAUGGAACCUUUGAGCUGGGUUUCUUCAAUCCAGGCAGCUCCUCAAACCGCUAUGUAGGAAUCUGGUACAAGAACAUCCAAGUUAGAACAGUUGUUUGGGUUGCCAACCGUGACAAUCCAAUCAAAGACAACUCCAGCAAGUUGAUCAUAAGCCAAGAUGGAAACCUUGUACUUCUCAACAAAAACAACUCAAUUCUCUGGUCAACAAACACAACUGCGAAGGCGGCGAGUCCCGUUGCGCAGCCCUUAGACACUGGAAAUUUAAUAGUCAGAGAUGAGAAAGACAACAACAGCAACAAUGAAGAAAGUUUCUUAUGGCAGAGCUUUGAUCAUCCUUGUGAUACACUGUUACCAGGUAUGAAGAUUGGAUGGGACAGAAAAUCUGGAAUUAACAGGCUUUUCACUGCUUGGAAAAAUUGGGAUGAUCCAUCUUCAGGGAACUUAACAGCAGCCACGGUGCUUACCAGGAAUCCUGAAUGGGUAAUUUGGAAGGACUCUGUUGAGUUUUUCAGGUCUGGACCAUGGUCCAGUGCGGUACUUGAAUUCACAAAUAACCCAAUUUAUGAUUUCCAAUUUGUGAACAAUGAAGAUGAAGUGUACUACACGUUCACUCUCAAGAAUAGCUCUGUGAUUUCUAUAAAUGUUUUGAACCAAACCCUUUCUCUCCGUCAACGCCUCAUUUGGAUUCCAGAAUCAAAAACAUGGUCUAUUUAUCGAAUCUUGCCACAAGACAGUUGUGAUAUUUACAAUGUUUGCGGUCCAAAUGGAAAUUGCAUGCUUGAUAAAUCACCAAGGUGUCAGUGUUUAAAUGGAUUCGAGCCGAGAUCGCCGCAACAAUGGAAUGCAUUGUAUUGGACAGAAGGGUGUGGGAGAAGUGAGAAGUGGAGUUGUGGGGUAAAAAACAGAGAUGGGUUUAGUAGAUUUGGUAGCAUGAAGUUGCCUGAUACUACAAAUUCUUGGAUUGAUGAGAAUAUGACUCUUGAAGAUUGCAAGGCCAAAUGCUUGCAAAAUUGUUCAUGUUCUGCUUAUGCAAACUUGAAUCCAAGUGGUGGGGGUAGUGGUUGUUCUAUCUGGUUUGGUGAUCUUCUUGAUUUGAGAGUUUCACAGAGUGGCCAAGAUCUAUAUGUUAGGACAGAUGUUUCCAACACAGAUUCUAUAUAUCGGCAUAGGACAAGUCGGCGAAGGAAAAAGAUAGGCUUGGCCAUUACAAUCCCAGGUUUAGCAAUACUUGUGAUGGUGUUGGCAAUCUACUACAUUUGCAAGACUAAAACAGAGAAAAAAGAGGAAACAGAGAAAGAUGAAGGUAGAGAUGAAGAUUUGGAGCUCCCUUUCUUUGAUUUUGCUACAAUACUCAAUGCCACCAAUAACUUCUCAAUUGAUAACAAGCUCGGUGAAGGUGGUUUUGGGCCAGUAUUCAAGGGAUUGAUAGGUGGACAAGAGAUUGCGGUUAAAAGGCUUUCAAGGACUUCCGGGCAAGGGGUGAAAGAGUUUAAGAAUGAAGUUAUAUUAUGUUCAAAACUCCAACAUCGGAAUCUUGUGAAGGUUGUUGGUUGUUGCAUUGAAGGAGAGGAGAAAAUGCUAUUAUAUGAGUACAUGCCAAACAAGAGCCUAGAUUCAUUUCUUUUCGAUUCAGUUCAAAGUAAAUUGUUAGAUUGGUCCACACGCUUUAAUAUCUUGCAUGGAAUUGCUCGAGGGAUUCUUUAUCUUCAUCAAGAUUCUAGACUGAGGAUCAUACAUAGAGAUUUGAAAGUGAGUAACAUUUUGUUGGACAAUGAUAUGAAUCCAAAAGUUUCAGAUUUUGGCAUGGCUAGAAUGUGUGGAGGUGAUCAAAUUGAAGGGAGAACAAACAUAAUAGUUGGGACAUAUGGUUACAUGGCACCAGAGUAUGCCACAGAUGGAUUGUUCUCUAUCAAAUCAGAUGUGUUUAGCUUUGGCGUAUUAUUGCUAGAAAUUAUAAGUGGAAAGAAAAAUAGUGCACUUACCUACCAGAGCCAGGAUCACAACCUUAUUGGGCAUGCAUGGAGACUUUGGAAAAAGGGCAUUCCACAUGAAUUGAUUGAUGAUUGUUUAAAGGACUCUUGUAAGCUAGAAGAAGUUGUCAGCUGCAUUCAAAUUGGUCUUUUAUGUCUACAACAUCAUCCUGAUGAUAGGCCUAACAUGGCAUCUGUGGUUUUAAUGUUGAGCAGUGAAAAUGCUUUGCCUCAACCUAAAGAACCUGGUUUCUUAUUUAAGAAGGUCUCAAAUGAAGGAGAACAUUCCCCUGAAAAACAAACAUUUUCUUCAAUGAAUGAAAUAUCUCUCUCAUUAUUGAACCCUAGAUAGAGAUGUUAGUUCAUUCUUGGAGCUGUAUAUGAAAUUAACUAACUUGUACUUGUAACUUGAAAUGUUCAAUUAUCAUUACUUUCUAUUGUUA